AUGAUAACACCCACCAGGUGAUACCACCCGGUGUGUGUGAGAUAACAGCACAUCUCAUCUCAACUACAAGAGUGACUCGUCACCGUGUUGGCGUUGUUAGAAGAAUUAUUUACCCUACACUACGAGCAAACCGUCAAAAGUAUUUACAGGAUGGCUUUGUGUGGGCUACGUGUUGUGGAAAUGGCAGGGUUAGCCCCUGCUCCUUUCUGCGGCAUGAUAAUGGCAGAUUUUGGUGCCAGUGUUAUUAGAGUUGACAAGCCAAACACACCGGAUGUUGACCGCUUAGGACGUGGAAAGCGUUCAAUUGUUUUAGAUGUGAAGAAACAAGAAGGAAGAAGUAUUGUCGAAAAAUUAUGUUCUAAUGCUGAUGUGCUUAUUGAGCCUUAUAGAGCAGGAGUCAUGGAAAAGAUGGGUUUAGGACCAAAGGAACUCAUGAAGGACAAUCCAAAGCUUAUUUAUGCUAGACUCACUGGUUUUGGGCAGUCUGGACCCUAUGCUGAUAUGGCUGGGCAUGACAUCAAUUAUUUAGCACUGUCAGGCCUGUUGUCACUGCUUGGACGCAAAGAAGGCCCACCAACUCCACCCAUCAACUUGUUAGCAGAUUUUGCAGGUGGAGGUCUUAUAUGUGCACUUGGCAUUGCCUUUGCUUUGUUUGAACGCUCAAAAUCAGGACAAGGCCAAGUCAUUGAUGCCAAUAUGGUAGAAGGGGCAGCAUACACGGGGGCAUGGAUGUACUCGUCCCGUGACCUUUGGGUGUGGGGAAAAGGCCGUGGUUGUAAUUGGCUAGAUUCUGGUGCCCAUUUCUAUGAAACUUAUGAGACCAGCGAUGGCCGCUACAUGGCUGUGGGAGCCAUUGAACCUCAAUUUUAUGAUCAGCUAAUUUCACUUCUUGGCUUGAGCACCGAUAAAGUUGGCCAGUUUGAUGAUUUUGAUGCUAUGAAGAUUAUUAUUAAAAACAGAUUUAAAGAGAAGACACAAGAAGAGUGGACCAAGAUUUUUGAUGGUAAGGAUGCAUGUGUUACUCCAGUGCUCUCACUAGAUGAAGCACCUGUUCACCCCCACAAUGCAAAACGUGGCAGCUUUAUUCCAUCAUCGCUACCUGGUAAUUUUGAGCCAGGUCCUGCACCCCGCCUCUCUCGUACUCCUGGUAUUGUUGUACUGGGAACGAAACCUCCAAGGGUUGGUCAGCAUACUGUUGAAGUUCUUGUAGAACUGGGCUACAGUAAGCAAGAUAUAGAUCAAUUGCUUCUACAUGAAGUUGCCAAAGUGACAAGAGAAAAAGCUCACCUAUAACUUUUAUGAAAUGUAUAAUACUAAAAAAAAUUGUGAACCAUACUAGUGUGUGUACAGUAUUGUUAUGUUCUCUGAUUGGCUAUAAAAAUUGUUAGCAAGCUAAAUUUCAAGUAAUUAUUAGAGAGGUAAAUAUCAAAGCAAAACAUUACAGAAAUAUUAAACAAGCUUCAAAGUAAUUUGAAGCGUUCUGCCCGAAACGCUUUGCGUAAUAGUGGCUUUAGGCAUUGUAUGUACUAGCUCUAUCUAUAAAUUCAUCAAUAUUUGUAUCACACCCUGUAUGUAUGUACUUUACCUGAAUAAACAUUUGAAUUUGAAUUAAUUAUGUUCUUUCAAAUUUUUAUAAAAGCAGGAUAUGGCCAGACUAACCUAAAAUGUGGCUUAAAUUUUUACCGCACAGAAGUGGAGGCUAUUAAAAUAUCUAGUCCCUCAGCCAGAAGUCAACUGUACAGCAUAACCAGAUUGUGAAUUAAUUGUAAUUACAUAUAUAGUUCUCUAUUACAUACGUAUUUUUUUUAUUUUGGUAUUUAAAACAAAUAUUUAUUUCUUUAUCUUAUUCUUAUAUACAUAUAUAAUCUUUGUAUUAAAUUAAAAUUUCAUAUAUACAAAAAUAUGUACAGUAAAUACAAAAAAAGUAAUGAUUUUAUCUCUUAUGUGCAGAACAGUCUCUCAUAACACAAUAUUCCAUAAACCAGGUCACACCAGUCUGUAACAACGAAUUAUAUCCAUGAAGACAUUAUGUACCGGAUUUGUCAUUAAGUUGUUUGUAGUCCAGCAUUAGAGGAAGUUAAAAAGGACAAUAUUUAUUUCAUUUAACUCCUGUGAAAUAUAGCCAAUUCAAAUUAGUAGUGGUGAUCUGAGAUUUUUCUUUUGAAAAAGAAUGGUACAAUAUUUGUUUAUCAUGAGUGAGCUUUGAUGUGGACCACAACAACAAAACUAAUAAAAUGUUAGUUCCUUGAAUUUUGGGAGUCAUUAUAAUAAUGGUUCUUACUCACAAAUCAUUACUGUAUAAUACAAAAAGUAGCAAGUCCCACUGUCAGAACUUAGUUUCCAGUCAGAAGGUCCCACAACUUUAACUAGCCGAUUUCCCCAGACCUAUUCCAGCUGUAGUCUCCAAAUAUUAAACCACAAAAUCAUGCCCGUGUUACUCUAGUGCUCUUUUUUUUCUUAAUAUAACUAACCAAAUGGUAACUCAAUAUCAAAUUAAAAAAUGCAAAAAAACAAAAAAAAAAAAACAGCGUUGAAUGUAACGAAACGCCAUUUUCUAGUUGAGCCCCGGAGGUUCCCUGGAACUAUAGGACUGAUAUUAGCUAUAUUAGUCUGGGGCUUUAAUCAUAUGGAGUUGUCAUGCCUACCGGGAACCACAAGCCAGAAUCUGGCUCCCUCAGAGAGGAAAAGGGAGCAAUGGCCUUUGGAAACUACUGUUUUUGGAGGAUUCCAUGUCUGCCAUCGACUGGGGUUAGGCACCCAGAAAGGUAGGUGCCCCAAAAUAGAUCCUUACUGUAGAAAAAUUGCAAUGGGAGACAAAAACAGAGGUUAACAACUCCCCUUAAGAAAAACAAGAAACAAGCAAAUCAUUCGUCAUCAACCUGACAAUUUUAUAUCAGGGCUUGUUUGUGCCCCCUUCCCUUAUGGAGGAGGGGCAGACGCCACCCCACCAAGCCAGCCGUCUGCCCACCAGUUUAUAGAAUGAGCAAAUGGAAGAAAAAAACGCUAACCGGAGGUAGGGAGGGUGCCAGGGAGCCUUUGUGGCUCACCCAGAAAAUGGUGUUUUAUUACAUCCAACGCUAGUUUUCUGAGGGGAGCCCCGUUGGCUUCCUGGAGCUACAUACCCAAAGAUAAGUAAAAAGAGGGGCUAAUCCAGGAGGCGGCAGCACAGCAUGUCUCAUGAGGAAGACGGGACCACUGGCUGUAACCAACAGCAAAGGCCACAUAAGAUCGCCGAGUGUCGGGAACUGUCACGAGAAAAUGGGUGGCCAGGACCUUGUACAACCCCCAAAACCCCCGUGCCCUAAUGGGAGCCCAUGACACGGGCCCCAACACAGAAGCAAGAGCUGCAAACAUCUGAACAACAUGGGCACGAGGAUAGAUCGUAGGCUGGCAAGACUCGAGAACUCUGCAGACGACCUGAGAUACCCGAGCCCCGGAAUUAGGAACAAGGGACAUUGGACCAACCUAAAGCGUGGUCCCAGACACAGAACCUGAGGCGUGCAGGUAACGGCAUAAAGCCACAACCGGACAAAAUAUGUUGCACCCCUGCCUGACCAACCAAGCAACAAAAACCCACGGACCCCUCCACCCGCCAUCUCAAUCUUUACCAGAAAAGAGACUGCUGCAAAGUAACAAAACGGCCAACAGGAUCGAAGGAGCAGAAACUCCUGUGUCGGGGAAGAGUAGAAAUCCCACCAACCUGACCUCCACAGGCCACAGAAGUAGGCUUGGAAUGGAACGUGAACCGAAGAGGCCCCCCACAAACCGAGUGGAAGAGAGAAAGAGAGAGCACUCAGACCAAAUACCAGUAAGGCAGAGGCAGCACAUGAGCAGGUCAGAGGUGGAAAAGGCACAAAAAAGCUUACAGAACGGAGCAGUGACAUCCACCAAGAGUGAAAGCUGGAGCGGCUCCGCAAGCGCCGCACAAAAAGAGGCGACAGUAAGCGGCAGCAGAUGCCGGUCUUGAAAAUGCCAAGAAAGAAGGACAAAACUACACGAUCAGAAACCGAAGACAACCUUUGAAGAGAAAGGAAACGGUGAAAAGAACGCCAAGAGAUUUCAUACUGUUGCCACAAAGAAAACUGCAGGUGGGACACCAUAAGAGAAGCCACGAUCAUCAAUCAAACAGUGAAACACAUGCGUAAGAAUUACCAGAUGCAAGGAACAGAAGAGCAGACCGAACCAGUAAGGCAUUGUACCGGUCCAAUACUCUGGAAGGAGCGGAGCCCCAGAAAAUGUCCUGGGUUGGAACACUAGAGCAAGCAGUGCCUGAAACCAAGGCUGUGCCGGCCACCAAGAGGCUAGUGAAGGAGAACACUUAGCUG